AUGCUAAAGUUGUUAAUAUCCGUUGUCCUGCUCCAGUGCAUCCUGCAGAGCACUUCCGGCCUGUACUUCCAUAUGCGGGCAAAUGAGCGAAAAUGCUUCAUCCAAGAGACGCCGGAAGAUACUCAAGUGAUUGUUCAUUACAAAGUGGAGAAGGAGGAUCCAAGUUCCGAAGGUACCAUGCCCGUGUCCCCUGGCAAGGGAAUGCACGUGGACAUCCGCGACAGCGAUGGUAAGAUUGUGCUUUCCCGCGUCUACGAUUCGGAGGCCCGACUUUUGUUUACCACCUUUUGGCCGGGUGACCACCACAUCUGCCUGCAACCCAAAGGUUCUGACUGGUUCACUGGCGUCCUCCGUGUUCACUUGGAGAUAAAAGUGGGCGAGCAAACUGUGGAUUAUGCAAAUUUUAGGCGGAAGCAGCAAAUGGAUAACCUGCAGUUGCGGGUUCUCCAGCUCAUGAAUCAGGCAGAGGAUAUCUUCAAGAAUCAGAACUACCAGCGCUUCCGGGAGGAGCGAUUUCGGCAGACCAGCGAAAGUGUAUUCUUUACUAUAAAAUAUUGCUGCGUUGCCCAGGUUGUAGUGCUGGUUAUUCUAUUGGCCAUCCAGUACCAUCUUUUAUUCAGGAGGUCUUCUUUGUACCUUGAAUACUGCCAACUUUUUAAGGAAGAAGAGCUGAAAAGGGUAAGUAAAUAUACGGAGGGUCCUUUAGAGAAUAAAACUAAUAACAAGUUUCCUUAA